AUGUUUGUUAAAAUCAAAUCUUUGCAUUUCGAAAUUGGCAAUGACAGUUACCAAGAUUAUUUAUUGAUUAAAUUUUGGCAUGAGAACGCUUAUCACUACAACAAUCAACCGUCUGUUGAACGCUUGUAUUAUACACAACCCUAUCAAUACAACAGCUCAAUGAUUUAUCCAAAUGCAAUACAGCAAAAUGAUCUUGAAAUGAAUACAGUUUAUCACCAGACUGUUAAUAAUGAUAAUAAGAAUAACAGUCCUAUAGAUACUACAGCUCCAGUACCAUUUUUACGUAUUCCUUACACAUCUAACACUAUUAGUAAUAUCAAUAAUGAUACAAAUUCAAUGAAUCCAUCAAAUUUAAUAUCAUCAUCACCAUCAGUGACAUCCACUAUCUUACCAAGUCAUUGUACUACCUCAAAUGCAUCAGUCAAAUCUACCAUUUCAAAUAAAACCAAGUCAAUCGUACACUUUCAUGACAUCCCUACUGGUAAUAAUGAUAACAGGAAUCAGAAUGAGGUAGUUAAAAGUGAAGCAAGCAGUCAUGAUUCAUUUUUGAAUGACCGUCAUUCAAUGCAAUGGGAUAUACUAGUGAAUAAUGGUAUGACUACUUCUACUACUGCUGUUCCUAUUCCUACUGUUGCCAGGACUACAGCGACCACUACCGCUGACGAUGUCACUGCUAAUAGUUAUAAUGAUAAUAAUAGUAGUAACGAAUAUAAAUGUGAUAUGGAUAAUAAACAUUUCUAUCAACGGUAUAUUGAUGAUAAGAAUAAAUCGAUUAAUAUGAAUAAUCAUUACUUUAAUCAAUAUGAUGUAUUAACGGAGAAAAACAAUUCAAAUUAUUCUGAAGCUUCUUCAUCUCUGUGUGAAUUCCAGUCUACAGAGCUUCAAGAGAAAGAUUUUUAUUCUAACUCAGGUAAUAAUCAUGUAGUAGAAAGCUACAAUAAUAUUGACCAACAACACAAUCCCUAUUACCAUCAUCAUCCUCAAUAUCAAUCUCAUCCUUGUCAACAUCAGUAUGAUCAUCCUAGUCAGGUUAAUCAGCAUCAUGAGAAUAUCAGUCAAGCAUAUAAUUAUAACUGGUCAGCUCAAAAUAAUAAUAACGAUAAUAAUAAUAAUCAUAUUAAUAAUUAUUAUCAGAAUUAUCAGCGUGAUAAAUAUCAAAAUGUGCAUAGACUAAAGAUAAUAAAUCAAGAAAUAACAACAGGACAGAAUGAUUCAAAUUUAUCGCCAGUUUAUUCGUGUUUUUCUUUACCAUCAAAUAAAUCAUCGUCAUCCUCAUCAGAAUGUUCCGUAUGUUCAAAAUUACAAACAGAAUUAUCAGUGAAUCCCUGUUGUUCAAAUGAUGAAUCAGUACAGGAGAUAGCUGAAAUGAAAAUGGCGAGGAAACAAUCAGUUUUAUGCGAAAGCCUUAAUACAUCAUAUUUUGAAUCUAUCAUCGAUUAUGAUCAAAUGAAAGAUUAUUAUGAAAAUAAUAAUAAUAAUAUAUCGAUAAAAUUAAAGAAAACACUACCGCAAACAUCUAAAAAGAUUAAACGAUCUAUUCAAUCAAAUCGAAUGAAAAAAUUGAAUGAAUUAAAAAAGUGUAAAGUUUCCACAACAAGGACAAUAGCACUGUUGCCAACAGCAACAACAGACAUCAUCUCAACAGUAAUGCCACACAUUCCUCUUCCCCCAUCACUGCAACAACAACAACCACAACCGAUAUCACUAUCAACAUCAUCGAUCAAUAAAUUGAAAUCACUUCCUAUAAAUAGUGAAAUAUUCACUAAAACAAAUGAAUCAAUGUUCAAUAUUAAUGCAUACAAUAUAAUAAAUAAUAUCACAUUGAAAAUUGAACAAAAUACAUGGAAUAAUGAAUUUUCAAAUAAUACUACUACCACUAUUAAUAAUAAUAAUAAUCAAUAAUUGGUUACCUGGUAAUAUCAAUGAGUACAAUACAGCACAUCUACUUUCUAGUAAUCAACAA